CCGUUACGGUCAUGUCAGAUGAGGCAGGACCUUCCACGAUACGUUCCGAAGCACCAGAAAAACCCUUGCCAUCAACACCAUUCUAUUCUAUCGAAUAUCCGGGUUAUGUCAAACCUGAAUCUGUCCCGUUGGCGGUGAGUAAUCUCGGAGGGCCUUCACGCCUUGAAACUGCGUUCAAACGCACCGCGGCCAAGAAUGAGGCGCUUCUUGAGCUCAAUCUACGACCAGGGAAUCCAUUUGCACACCCAAUACCGGGCGAUAUAGUCAGCACCAACAAUAUUCUGUUGAAAGUCGUGAGACGGAAACGAAAGCAUCCGGACGGAGAAUGUGUUGGGGAGUUCACUGCGGAAGCAGUGGGUAUCAUCCCGAAGACCGCACGGUUUCGCAGUAUGGCGGAUUAUCAGUUUCAGCCUAACAUGAACGAUCCUUUGGCCCAGCUGCGCCUUGCAAUGGAUCGGAUGGAUGUUGAUGCAAUCCGACAAUACUCAAUUUCGGACGAAAAAGAGGACUAUGUAGUCCUAGCGUCCACCCACCCACCCGAGCUAGACCCAGCACUGGCAGAGCAAAGCGAGCCAACUUCUGGAUCUCGCAGUAACUUGCGGUUGUUUCCCCCUCCGCUGUUCAGCCGUCAAAACGUACCGCAAAACUACAACUUCAAGGCGAACCCUGCCUCGAUUGUAACGACCCUCGUCAAUGAAGAAACUGGUGAGGAGCGCAAGAGGCUUAUCAAUAAGGGCCGAUGGAAAGGUCACGGGCCAGUGACGAUCGCUUUCAGCGAUCCCAAUGUUCCUGAGGGUCCUCCUCCAACAGUCGAAAAUGUACGCACUCAAGCUAACAGUGAACUUUUGGAUCGAGUACUAGAAUUCAUGAAUGAACGUCCUGUGUGGACUCGUGCUGCUCUCUACAACCAGUUUUCGCCUGCAGAAUUGAGAGAAAUACACAACUCGAAAGUUAUCAUGCCUUUAACCGGAUAUAUGUUCUCAGAUGGACCAUGGCGAGAUGCAAUGAUUCGAUUUAAAUACGACCCUCGGAAAGAAUUGGAUGCUCGAAUAUAUCAACGGAUAUAUUUUCGGAAUGCCAACCACCCCGUGGCACGGCCUUCCGUAGUUGCGCGUCGGCAAGAGGGCAGGUCGGCUGCCACAUACAUCAACAGGUCCAUCGAGCAAGAAGAGUCAUUCGAGGCCGAUCGACGUAAAUCACACAUAUUUGACGGGAAGACUCUCACUAAAGAGACAGCCGCGUUCCAAUUAUGUGAUAUUCACGACCCUAUGUUGAAGGAGAUGAUUGAAGACGAUGAAAACCUUCGGGAAGUCUGUGACGAACGAGAUGGGUGGUAUAGCGCACAGGCACUGGAGAGAAUUAAGACCGUCCUCCGACACAAGUUUUUCUCACUACUUCAAGGGUAUGUGGCAACAGAGGAGGAAUGUGAAGCCCUCCUGGAACAGGAUGCCGUCGGCAAGUCACAAACCACUCGUAUUAAGCGCCUUAAAUUUGGAAAACAUAACAUGGCGAAAGGGGCUUUGCGACCAGAAGAUGCUGCGGCUGCGAGACUGCAAGCAACUCUUGAUCGGAAUGCCAAAACUCUCUUAGCGAAUCGACGGGAAAUGUAUAGCGGUCGAAGUUCGCAGACCCCGGACAAUUCACGAUAAUGUGAUGCGUGUGGUGUGGUAUUUCGAUAACAAAAGCCAUAUACAGUAAUCGUGGAUGAUGCAUUGUUAUACUCACAAAUGGUUGACAUGGCCUGUAGACAAGGCGCCAGGCGAUUGAUGGAACAUGAAGCGUGUCGGAUUCUUUCUUUCCUUCACGAAAUUCAGUUAAUCUGUGCAACUUGAUACCCCUGUUUCGUAGACGCACUAGUCGGGUCUGAUUUGGAUGAUAUGGGGCAACCCGUGAGAGCGUGAGGAGAUCAUCUGGAGGUAUUCGGUAAACUGUGUGGGCCCGCAUAGGCCCCACAUGCCAUACAGCUCCAUCGUAAUCGAAAAGUGGAGUUGAAGAUUUCAUUUAUAAUCCAAAUGGCGAUAAAGCAUCGCAAGCGCUGCGGACAGGAGGCACACGUAUGGUGUUCACUGAUAUCUGUUGUCUUCGG